AUGGACUGUUAUCUUCUUUUUUACCCAUGUACCCCAUUUCCAUUCUUUUGUUACCAAGGAACCUCUUUUCCAUUCUUUUUUUUACCCAUAGACCCCUUUCCUUUCUUUUUUACCAAUGGGCCUCAUUUCCAUUCUUUUUUACCCAUGGACCCUUUUACCCUUCUUUUUUUACCAAUGGACCUCUUUUCUUUUUUACUCAUGGAACGCUUUUCCUUUCUUUUUUUACCCAUGGACGCCUUUUAUCUUCUUUUUUACCAAUGGACCUCAUUUCCAUUCUUUUUACCCAUGGACCCCUUUUCCCUUCUUUUUUACCCAUGGACCUCUCCCUUCUUUUUUACCAAUCAAUCCAUUUUUCCUUUCAUUUUUUUACCCAAAGAACCCUUUUCCCUUCUUUUUUACCCAUGGACCUUUUUUCCCUUAUUUUUACCCAUGGACCCCUUUUCCUUUCUUUUUUUACCCAUUGACUUCUUUCACUUUCUUUUUUUCUUGACAACUUUUUCUUUUCGUUUCCUGAAAUUCUUUACGGAUUUUAUAGAUUUUUCUAUUCGGCGUCUUUUGGCAAACCGGAUAUCUUUCCUUUUCUUAUCUGAUCACAUACACACACAUACAUAUCUAUCUAUCUAUCUAUCUAUCUAUCUAUCUAUCUAUAUCUAUUAA